AUUUCACUUAUUGGUAGUAGCAGAGAUGUUUCAAUUGGUGGUAUUGUCAGCCAUAUUGGCUUCAUCCUUGGCAGCAUAUAAUCCUUAUAGCAUUGUUAAUAACGUUAACAAUGGAAGACAUAUUAGGAUUUUAAAACAAAAUCAGGACAUUCACCCAGAUGGUAGCUACCAAUGGUCCUACGAAACCGAAAACGGAAUAGCAGCCCAAGAGCUGGGCAAACUCCGUGGAAAAGGCCAGGAAGCCUCCAUCGAGGUGCAAGGCUCCUACUCCUACACAUCCCCAGAAGGUAUCCCUGUUGCGAUUUCCUACGUAGCUGACGAUACGGGUUACCAUCCAGCCGGAGAUCUUCCAACACCGCCACCAAUCCCAAUCGCCAUCCAGAGGGCUUUGGCCUGGAACGCGGCUCAUCCAGAGGAGGAGCAAGAAGAGCAACGAAGGCCUUACAACCAAAGAACUUAUGCUCAACUAAGACAUAAUCAGUACAACCCAUAUAAUUCGUACCAACGUUACAACCCAGUUCAACCAAUCGCAGCUCCACAUUACCAGACCUACCAACAACCACAACACUACCAAACUUAUGCCUCUAAACAACACAUCCCAAUUUUGCGUCAGGAUGCUGACAUCAAUGAAGAUGGUUCUUACAGCUAUAGUUACGAAACUGGAAAUGGAAUCCAAGCCCAAGAACAAGCCACCAACGUAAACCAAGGCUUGGAAAAGCAAGCUCAAGGUUCCUACUCCUACACUUCUCCCGAAGGAGAACUGGUCCAAGUCUCCUACGUGGCUGACGGAAACGGAUUCAGACCAACAGGAUCUCACAUUCCAACCCCUCCCCCAAUUCCAGCCGCCAUCCAGAGGUCCUUGGACUGGAUCGCCAGCCAUCCGCAGCAACCUGAGAUCAGACAAUACAAAACAUACAACCAGGCUUACAAUCCCUAUCAACAAUAUGCUUAGAUAAAU